AUGGAGGUUUACACUACGAAUGGGAAGGAAACACCGGAGCCGGUAAAAGCUCAAAUAACAGGCUCGCUGCCCGCCUGGCUGCAGGGAACUCUGCUGAGGAACGGACCGGCUCUGUUCUCUGUAGGAACCAGCGAGUACAACCACUGGUUCGAUGGCAUGUCGCUCAUCCACAGCUUCACCUUCAGCAACGGCGAGGUGCAUUACAGAAGUAAGUUCCUGAAGAGCGACACGUACAAGAAAAACAUCAAAGCCGACCGGAUCGUCGUCUCCGAGUUUGGAACCAUGAUCUACCCCGAUCCCUGCAAGAACAUCUUCUCCAGAACGUUCUCGCAUCUCUGCAACGUUAUCCCCGACUUCACCGACAACAACUUGAUCAACAUCAUCCGCUACGGUCAGGAUUACUACGCCUCCUCUGAGAUCAACUACAUCAACAAGAUCGACCCUGCUACCCUGGAAACCGUUGCUAAGGAGAACUACAGGAACCACAUCGCUCUGAACCUGGCGACGGCUCAUCCUCACUAUGACGACGAAGGAAACACGUACAACAUGGGAACCGCUCUCAUGAGCUUCGGUUUGCCCAAAUACGUCAUCUUCAAAGUCCCGGCCGACGGCUCAGGUACAGUUUAGAAGAAGAAGCCGGCGCUGAGAAAGGUGCAGCAGAUCGGGUCGAUUCCUUUCCGCUCCACGUUGUGUCCUAGCUACUAUCACAGCUUCGGCAUGACGGAGAACUACAUCGUGUUCGUGGAGCAGCCGUUCAAACUGGACAUCGUCAAACUGGCCACGGCUUACUUCAGAGGAGUCAGCUGGGGGAGCUGCCUGAAGUUAGACAAGGACGACAUCACUUUGUUCCACGUCGUCAACAAACACACGGGGAAGGCGGUCUCCACGCGUUUCUACGGCGAUGCGCUGGUCGUCUUCCACCACGUCAACGCCUACGAGGACGACGACCACGUUGUGUUCGACAUGAUCACGUACGAGGACAGCAACCUGUACGAGAUGUUCUACCUCCGCAACAUGAGGAAGGAAGGAGACGACUUCACCGAGUCCCUCAGCAGCUUCUCACCGCCGGUCCUCCAGAGGUUCGUGCUGCCGCUCAACGUCCACAAGGAGUCUCCGAGAGGAAGUAACCUGGUGACGCUGACGGACACCACGGCAACGGCGGUGAUGCAAGAGGACGGAUCAGUUUACUGCAAACCCGAAUCUCUGUUCACAGGUCUGGAGCUUCCAGCCAUCAACUACAAGUUCAACGCUAAGAAGUACCGAUACGUCUACGGCUCCAGAGUGGAGUACACACCUCAUCCCAACCAGAUCGCCAAAUUCGACGUUGUCAGCAGGAAAUACUCGAUGUGGAAGCAGGACAACUGUUUCCCCUCAGAGCCGGUGUUCGUGGCGUCGCCGGGCGCCAAGGAGGAAGACGACGGUGUGAUCUUGUCGUCCGUCAUCUCUCCGGAUCCCAAAGUCUCUCCGUUUCUUCUCGUCCUCGACGCCAAAACCUUCGAUGAACUCGCCCGCGCUGAGAUUCCCGCCACCGUUCAUUUGGACCUUCACGGACUUUUCAUCCCCGCUGCCGUCUGA